UAUGGUUAAUUUUCUUCUAAAUAAAGAGAAAACUUGGCGCUGCGCAGAAGUAUUAUUUGCUUCUCUUAACAAUUCGUUGGUGUUAUUGAUUUUUUCCUGUAGUUUGCAUCUGCCCAGUCGGAGACGACAAGUAGACAAAUCGAUAACAGAAUCAUACUUUUGUUCAAGUCAACAAGCGCAUAGUACGUUUACGUAGCGGCGACGACGCAGGCGCAGAAUUAUUGAGAACGCUUCUACAUAAUUGAAGAGAAAUAUAUUUUUGGGUGGUUGUUUAUGUGUGUAUGAAUUCCUCUCCGCAACGACUGUUGGCGAAACAAUUUAAUUCUGUGUGUGGCAGUUUUAUUUCAACGCUACUCAACGAAUGACAAAAUGAGUGGGACCAAACCACUUUUUGACGAUCGCAUUAAACCAAAAAACGUUCUCGCUCUAAAUGAGAAAGUUGCUGCGAUCCGGUGUUAUGAAGUUGAACCGGUUUAUAAAAAAAUCGGGCGGAUGUUCAAUUGUAGUCCGGAUCAGAUAAAACGGAUUGUCAAGCAAAAAGAUGAAAUAAUGGAAGAAUGGGAGAAUCGAACUAAAAAAUCUGUUGCUCCAACUUCACUCGAAAUCAAAACUGUACGAAUGUCGUUUUUGGGCAAGGCUGUCCAUGAAUGGAUUCGCCGGAUAAUGUACUAUACGGAUUUCAAUUUGAAUGAUACUCUUAUUCAGACAAUGGCUUUGGAAUUUUCCAAAGUUUUGAAAUUGGAGAAAUUCUAUCCGACCAAAGAUUGGAUUGCUCAUUUUCGAGCAACUUAUAAGUUGCCAGAUGCAAAUACAAAAACCAUGUCAAUUGGUUAUCAGGAGAGUCAUUCGGUUCAAAUUCUUGAUAUACUUCGUCAUGUUAAGCAAGCUUGUGAAACAACCACUGUGCAUGAUGAAGAUUCGAAUUCAAGUGGUGCUUCUGUAACAAGUCCAAACCCUGAUCCUAUUUCUGAUGUUGGAGUUGCUGUUGGGGAAAUUAAGACAGAGAGCGAUGAUGAAUUCUAUGACGAUGUUAAAAUUGAAGAAGAAGAUUGUCAACCGUCUUGUUCAACUGCUAUACUACGGCCAGAAGUUCCUGAGGUUCAUGAAAAUACUUCUUCUUUAGCUUCGGAGCCAGAAAUAGCGAUGCCAAUGGAAACUGAAAUAAGUGAGCCUGAAGAAAUUAAACUAGAAGUAAUGGACUCACAGCCCGAACCUGAACCUGAACCAGAAGCUGCCCCUGAACCUGAGCCCGUACCCGAGGCUGAGCCCGAACCUGAAGCAGAGUCAGAAUUGGAAAAGGUUGCCGUUUACACGCACAAAGGCGCUAUUAGCUGUGUUAAACUUUUAGAAGAUUUUGCUUUGUUGAAAGAGAAUUUCAGAUUAAUUGGACUUAUUGAAAGAUUGGAAGAAGCAUUAAAUGGAGUCGCUGAAAAAUAAUACAAAACUUUUAACAACUAAUGUAAGUUUUAUUUUUUUUUUGUUUUUAUUUAUAGCAUAAGUUUUUUGUUGAAGAAGUUUAUAAUAAAAUAAAAAAUGUAAAUUAA